UCAAAGUCUCUAAUAUUCUUCUCUUCCUCUUCACAACGUCCAUAUUUCCCCACUCACGGAUUCGCAUCAGGCACCUCAAAACACCCAAAAAUUCAGAAGAAAAUGAAAGAGCGGGUGCUUGUGGAACCUGCGUUCGUAUUUGAUCAGGAUACCCACCUCACCGUUUCCAAAACCUCCAUCUUCUUCCCCGGCGACGGCUUCACCGUCUACGACUGCAAAGGCCAGAUGGUCUUCCGAGUCGACUCUUACGCCCCCGACGCCCACGACAGCAGCGAACUCGUCCUCAUGGACCCCCAAGGCCGCUGCCUCCUCACUGUACGCCGAAAGAGGCCGAGUCUGCAUCAACGGUGGGAAGGCUUUGUGGGUGAGAGAACGGACGGCCAAAAGCCCAUCUUCAGCGUACGGCGGUCCUCCAUAAUCGGACGGUCGAACGUGACGGUGGAGGUGUUCGGAGAUCCAGGGGAGGAGUACCAUAUCGAGGGCUCGUUCGCGCAGCGCUGCUGCACGAUCUUCAAUGCAGAGAAGGAACGGGUGGCUGAGAUCCGACGCAAAGUGGAUGCCUCCACCCACGUGGUGCUCGGGAAGGACGUUUUCUCUCUCUGUCUCAAGCGUGGAUUCGAUGGGGCGUUUGCCAUGGGAGUGGUGCUCGUGCUUGAUCAGAUCAACGGCGACGAUAACGUUUUUGAUGAUGAAGUUGUGGAGGAGGCGGAACCCACCGCCGAAGAUGAGAGAGCGUAGGUGCUUUGGAGUGGUUUAACUGUCACCUAAGUAUCCGGAGUGUUCGGCGGACCGGUGGCCUCCUGUCUUUGGGCGUAGAUCUCGAUUGUAUUUUGUUGAACUUUAAUAAUUUAAAAUGUAUAAAAAUGUAUUUUGUUAUCUCA